UGGUGUACCUGUAACCGUCUGUUCCGGGAGUGUUUUGACAUGAAAGAAAGGGUUACACGUAAAAAUGAGGAAAGUUGUUUUUUUACAUCCAGAUUUGGGCAUUGGAGGAGCUGAAAGAUUAGUAGUUGAUGCAGCUCUAUCAUUAAAAGGAAAUGGGUAUGAUGUCCAGUUUGUUACGUCACACCACGAUCCACAGCACUGUUUUAUGGACACAAGAGAUGGAACUCUGCCUGUUACGGUUGUUGGAGAUUGGCUUCCAAGAAACUUAUUUGGUCGUUUUUAUGCCGUAUGUGCGUACAUUCGCAUGAUUUAUGCCGCAGCAUACAUUGUUUUCUUCAGUGGACUUACACCAGAUAUUGUUUUCUGUGAUCAGAUUUCUGCCUGUGUGCCUCUUUUGCAUAUUGGUGGUUAUAAAAUAAUAUUCUAUUGUCAUUUCCCAGAUCAGCUUCUCAGCCAGCCAGGCACUGCACUGAAAUCGUUGUAUCGUGCACCACUUAACUGGUUGGAGGAAACCACAACUGGUAAGGCACAUAAGAUACUGGUAAACAGUAAAUUCACAGCAGGGGUGUUCAGAGAUACAUUCAAAAGGCUUCAGGUUGAACCUGAUGUUCUUUAUCCCACUAUGAAUACAGAUGUAUUUGACAACACAAGACCUCUUCCUCUCAGCCAGAUACUCACAUCGGAAUUUCCAGAUAAUGGCAUUCUUUUUCUCUCAAUCAAUCGUUAUGAAAGAAAGAAGAAUUUAAAGCUAGCAUUGGAUGCAAUGAAUGAACUCAAAAAGUGUUUAUCUUCUAACGAAUGGUCACAUGUUCAUUUAGUAAUGGCAGGUGGCUAUGAUACAAGAGUAAAAGAAAAUGUUGAGCAUUAUGAUGAACUGGUUAGUCAUGCUAAUAUACUGGGUCUGACUGAAAAAGUGACAUUCAUGAAAUCCCCAUCUGACAUAGAAAAGAUUUCACUCCUGAUUCACUGUCACUGUCUUAUCUACACACCUCCAAAUGAACACUUUGGCAUUGUUCCUAUUGAGGCAAUGUAUGCAAGUAAACCAGUGAUUGCUGCCAAUAGUGGUGGACCAACAGAAACUGUUGUUAAUGGUGUUACAGGAUUUCUGUGUAGUUUGAAACCUGAAGACUUUGCUAAUGCAAUGUUAAAGUGCAUUAAAAAUGAAGAUAUAAGGACAAAAAUGGGGAAAGCUGGACAGGAUAGAAUGAAAACACAGUUUUCUUUUGUGGCCUUUUCAAAUCAGCUGUUAGAAAUUGUACAUUCUCUUCUUGAUGUAAAAGACAAAGUGGUUUGAACUUGAGGUUCUCCAGUAAAGGCAAUUUGAUUGAUUGUGCUUUUGAGUGCUCAGAUGAAUUGAUGCAUUUUAAUUGUGAAAUAAUUGAUUUAUUUAAUGUUCCAUCACUAUUAAUAAAUUCCUGUACAGUACUCUGGCCAUAUUCUUGAGCCUUUUAACAUGCACAUACUUAACUUACUCAUGGAGCUGAGCCCUUCUUGAGGAGCUGCCAAUUUUGCAGCUACUCAAGAAUUUCCCAGCAUUUUA